AUGGCCACCAUGAGCACUGAAUUACCACCUACUUAUAAUGAAGCCGUUGCUGGGUUCAUCCCACCUCCAGAAUAUCAAAACUCUAUUGAUCAAUCCCAUUUAUCACAUGGCGCUACACCAGCUACUAGUUCAAGUACAACAGCCGCUUCAUCAACUCCAAUACCCACAAACUCUAUGGCUAGAGAAGAGUAUUAUCAAAGUAAAAAAUUGAACUUGGUGGUUCUUGAUGAUUUUAAUGAAGAUCCAAGAGAUGUUGAAAUGUUGAAUAUACCAAAUGAUGAAUAUAUAUCCAAAUCAGAUGAUGAAUUACAAGAUUUAUAUCAUUCAAUCUAUACAAUAGUGGAGGAUAAAUUCAUCCAAGUUAAAAGAAAUACUGAAUUUGUUCAUAAGAAAGUUAGAUCUAUGUAUGAUCAUUAUUAUAUUAAUCAAUUAAGAAAUAAUACAAUUGAAGAUUUCAUUAAAAUAAAGUCCAAAUUAGAGAAAGAGUUGAAUUCAUUACCUCAGAUUUUCCAAUAUUAUAAAGAGUUCAACCAUCUUUAUGAUUCAGUCACAAAUGAAAUCAAUGCAUUAAAAUUUGAAUUGGAAAAUUCUAUUGAUCCUGAACAUAUAACAAGUUCUGAAGGUGAAUUAUUGGCAAAAUCAAGUUUAUUAACUACAAAAUCCAACAUGUUGAAAAAAAUAAGAUUCAAUCUAGCUCAAAUUGAUGAAAAGAUUAAAGAUUUAAGUGAUACUGAAGAAGUUAGUUAUGUCUUGAAAGAAAGAGCAAGAAUUUAUAAUUUGGCUACAGAUUUUGUCAAGAAUCAAUCAUCAGUAUGA